CACGGGUACGGCCCGCCCGCCGAUGCACACAACAAGGGCGAGUCAGCCACGUACGACAAUGUGGCAACAGCCGAGCAGCAUACUGCUGCUGGCGAGUACACCGGCGAGUACGCCGACGAGGAUGGCGACCGCGGAUUCACCGAUUUUUUCCGCAAGAGGCCCGACCCCCACCUGACAGCCCAGUACGGCGAGCACUACAUACCCGAGUACGAUAACAAGAAGAUUGCCAUCGCAGGUGUUGCGGCCCUAGCAUUGCUGGUGGGCGCAAACAAGCUCCACAAGAAGCACCAGUCGAAGAAGGAGCACCGCAGAAAGCGCCAGGAGCCCGACCAGGCGCAUAACUACUACCGCCAGACGACCGAAGGUGAGGGUGUUGGCAACGCCUCAUACGACACGACUACCACAAAGUACUGAGCACAACAUUGCUGGUAUCGUUGAUGUAUCCAUGUAUUAGCCGUAUCCAAAAUUAAUCCCCUCUGCGGCCCUGCUGCUGGGCCAGC